AUGGCCGACUCCCUCCAACCAACUGUCGACACGUCUCCUAAAGGCAACCGCAAGGGCAACCGUCCCGACGAGGAAUCAAACAAAGAUAAGGACAGCGGCAACGGCGACAAGAAGCUAGUACCAACGAGCGGACUUGAGAAACCGGGUGAGACAAAAGAGGACAACGAGAAGGAGAGUUUGAAGAUUAAGAUCCAUCUAAAUCUGCAUGCGAAGGUGAAGUUGGAUUUGGAUGCGCAGUUGUAUGGUGAUGUUGUCAUUGGAUUGCUGUAA